UGUCAUAAGAAAAAAGGUUCUCAAAAUAUCAGACCAAAAUUAACAGAAAAGUUUUCCUAGUCUCUCCUCCAUAGCUACAAAUACUUAAAAGAAAAGUUUUCACCAACAAUCAAGAGGAACGAAUAUGGCAAUUGCAGCGAGAGUUGCUUCGACACAGCUGCCUUUAACUUCUUCAGCUCUUAAAGCAUCGCCAAUCCACGCGGCGGCCACUGUACUGUCGUCUUCUUCUUCUCCUUCUCCGACAAGAUACGGAGGUGCACAACCGCCAGCCACCGCCAGGGCAGCCGAGUAUGCGAUCUCCAAAGUUGAUGACUUGAUGAAUUGGGCUCGUCGCGGGUCCAUUUGGCCCAUGACCUUCGGCCUUGCUUGCUGUGCCGUUGAGAUGAUGCACACUGGGGCUUCCAGGUACGAUCUGGAUCGCUUUGGGAUUAUUUUCAGGCCCAGCCCAAGACAAUCUGACUGCAUGAUCGUCGCUGGUACUCUUACCAAUAAGAUGGCUCCAGCGCUCCGCAGGGUGUAUGAUCAGAUGCCUGAGCCAAGGUGGGUGAUAUCAAUGGGGAGCUGUGCAAACGGUGGGGGAUACUAUCACUAUUCCUACUCGGUGGUGAGGGGAUGUGAUAGAAUUGUGCCGGUCGACAUAUACGUGCCCGGGUGCCCCCCAACUGCCGAAGCUUUACUGUAUGGGAUUCUGCAGCUCCAGAAGAAAAUUAAUCGGAGGAAAGAUUUCCUUCAUUGGUGGACCGAGUAGUGAGUAAUUCGUAAAGAUGGAGAAUCACUCUUCCAUGAUUGUCCAGGACCAAAAACCUGUCAGGGUUUUUGAAUCCUGUGGAAUAGAACCACCACCGAUCUUAGCUAUUUUGCUUUGAUGUUUAAUGUAAAAUAUUCGUGUGGUUUUCGGCUGUGUCCUGAAACUUGUAGCGGGCCAUUAUCUUCUAUGGAGCAGUCUUGAAGAGAGAGGUUUCGUCUAC